AUGCCCCCGGUGCCAAACCGUGAGGACAUCAAAGCAACAUGGAAGUACCUGGAGGAUGGCAUUACCCGCAUCAUGACCGACCUCGAACAGGGCAUGGAUAUGCAGAUUGCGCAUCUGCUGGGCGAAGACCUCUACAACCACCUGAUCAAAUACCUCCAACGUCACCUGGCCGAUCUGGUCCAGUCGUCGAAGUCGCACACAGACGAGGCCCUACUGACCUUCUAUAUCAAAGAAUGGAAUCGGUAUACCAUCGCUGCGAAAUACAUCCAUCACCUUUUCCAGUAUCUGAAUCGGCACUGGGUCAAGCGCGAGAUUGAUGAGGGCAAGAAGAACAUCUAUGACGUCUACACUCUUCAUCUUGUGCAAUGGCGCAAAGUGCUCUUCGAGCAGGUGUCGGAUAAGGUUAUGGACGCCGUGCUGAAGCUCGUGGAGAAGCAGAGGAACGGCGAGACCAUUGAGUAUGGCCAAAUCAAGCAGGUCGUCGACUCCUUUGUCUCGCUCGGCCUCGACGAGGCGGAUCCUUCCAAGUCCACGCUCGACGUGUACAGAUUCCACUUUGAGCGCCCCUUUUUGGCGGCGACCAAGGAGUUCUACCAAGCCGAAUCGAAGCAGUUCAUCGCCGAGAACACCGUUGUCGAGUACAUGAAAAAGGCAGAGGCCCGACUGGCGGAGGAGGAGGAACGCGUCAAUAUGUACCUCCAUCAGGACAUUGCCAUUCCCCUCAAGAGAACGUGCAACCAAGCCCUCAUUGCCGAUCAUUCCUUGCCCCUUAGAGAGGAGUUUCAGGUGCUGCUAGACAAUGAUCGAGAGGAGGACAUGGCUCGGAUGUACAGCUUGCUCUCCCGCAUCCCCGAUGGCCUGGAUCCGCUGCGCACCAGGUUUGAGACCCAUGUCCGGAAGGCGGGCUUGGCCGCCGUGCAGAAGGUGCAGUCGUCCGAGGGCGACAAGCUAGAACCCAAAGUCUACGUGGACGCUCUGCUUGAAAUCCACACACAGUACCAGGGCCUCGUCAAGAGAGCCUUCAACGACGAGCCCGAGUUCACGCGGUCCCUGGACAACGCCUGCCGCGAGUUCGUCAACAGAAAUGAGGUCUGCAAAUCGGGGUCGAACAAGUCGCCCGAGCUGUUGGCCAAGUAUACAGAUGUGCUCCUGAGGAAGAGCACCACGAGCAUCGAAGAGGCCGAUCUCGAGAGGACCCUGUCUCAAAUCAUGACCGUCUUCAAGUACAUUGAGGAUAAGGACGUGUUUCAAAAGUUCUACUCCCGCAUGCUGGCCAGGCGACUGGUGCACAGCAACUCGUCGUCGGACGAUGCCGAGACGAGCAUGAUCAGCAAGCUCAAGGAGGCCUGCGGGUUCGAAUAUACUAACAAGCUCCAGCGCAUGUUCCAGGAUAUGCAGAUAUCAAAGGAUCUGAACAAGGAGUUCCGCGAGCACCUCGAGACUGUCGGCAACGCUAGGUCUGUUGACUCUACCUUUUCCAUUCUCGGCACGGGCUUCUGGCCCCUGACGCCGCCGAGCACUCAUUUCGACCCGCCGCCCGAGAUCGCCUCGGAGAUUGAGCGCUUCGUUCGAUUCUACAAGCACAAGCACGACGGCCGCAAGCUCACCUGGCUGUGGCACCUGUGCAAGGGCGAGAUCAAGGCCGGCUACUGCAAGAAUAGCAAGACCCCUUACACCUUCCAGGUGUCAAUCUACCAAAUGGCCAUUCUCCUCUUGUUCAACGAAAAGGACAGCUACGUGUACGAAGACAUCUGCACCGCCACCCAGCUGAGCACCGAGGUGCUCGACCAAGCGCUGGCCGUGAUCCUCAAGGCCAAGGUGCUGUUGAUGGAUGGCGGCGACAAGCCCGGCCCCGGCAAGGUGUUCAACCUCAACUACGAUUUCAAGAGCAAGAAGAUCAGGGUAAACCUCAACCUUGGUGGCAUCAAGGAGGCGAAGCAGGAGGAGGUUGAGACGAACAAGACUAUUGAGGAGGACCGCAAGUUGGUAUUGCAGUCCGCCAUUGUUCGUAUCAUGAAGGCACGAAAGAAGAUGAAGCACGGGCUGCUCGUGAGCGAGACCAUCAACCAGAUCCGCUCCCGCUUCGUCCCCAAGGUUGCCGACAUCAAGAAGUGCAUAGAGAUUCUUCUUGACAAGGAAUACCUCGAGCGUCUGGACGAUGAUGAGUUGGGCUACUUGGCAUAA